UGCACGGCCGUAAACUAGAAAACUGUCGUGGUUAUGUUUGUGUUGCUAAUUUGGCUGUGCUAAUGUGAAAACUUAACUGGAGACUUUUAAUCUACUUUCUAUUGAUGCCUUUCACAGAGUAUAUCCGGAUAUUUGGAAUGACAUAAAGGCGCUGUUUUAAGCUUCCUUCAUCCCAGCUGAACACGGAAGCCUGAAGAUGAGUCAGGGGUCUAACCUUAGAGAAUAUGUAUCCCACAACCCUCCAGGUGUAACUUUCUUCCUGUGCCUCUUAACUCUUGCAUUCUCAUUCAUCGUUCUCAGCUCUUACAGCUACUCUCACUCUCUACCUAACCCUGACAUAGAACAGGACUGGAAUACUCUACUUUUGUCCUUCUCAAAGUUUCACUUGUGUGAGAAGAAAAAUGCAAGUUCUCCAGCCCACGCCUCCCCAAUUGCUCCUCUACAAACGAUGCAGGAAAAGGAUAAGAAAACAUCAAUAAAUGCAACAAGGAGUUCUUCUGUCACGGAUUUGCAUCUUCAUGUUCCUCUGACUGUGACUUCUUCCUCACCAAAUGUCACGCUGAAAGACAUUGUUCUGUUCACAACAUUAACAGCCAGACAGCUUAAGCUUGGAGACAAAGAACUUGUUAGUUUGGCAUUGGGGAUCUUCCCUGAAGACAGUGAACACAUAUGCCUCACUAUAAGGGCUCCAACACACAUCCUACCUAUGACUCCGCUCCCUCCAGACUGCUCUGCAUCAGAGUCAAAUAUUUCAAGGGUUCCUGUGGAAGUGACCAAUCAUCUGCCUGCAUCAUCUCAAACGUGCUACAGUAUGCACUUUAAGAAAGACCCAUCCUUCACAGUCAUGUUAACUCUGGAAGAGAAAAGUGUGGUGGUGAAACAUCUGGUGGAAGUCAGCGUGUCUCUGCUUGGUGUUUGUUUGAUUCUCUGUAUAGCUGCAAGCUUGAAAACCGCCGUCCCACACCGAGAUUAUCUUACAGGACAAAACUCUCAAAGUGAGCCUUUGAUUGAAAGCUGAAGUGUGACAAGGCCAGGAAAUUCUUUGUCAGAUGAAACGGAGCAAAAUAUUCCCACAUUUUUCACGACACACUCGUUUACAUGGUGUUGUUUGCGUUGCAUCAAAUACUUUUCAUUCCUGCUGACCUUGUAACAGCUGCACUUUGUUAUCCUAAAUAAAGUACUUACA